AUGACUUCAAGUUCACAUUCUGAAAGAAGCCCAUCUGCUUCUCCUCGGAUCUUUUCUGAAGUUCCGACUCCAGACAGCGAGACGGACGGCUUUGAUACAUUGACACCUGUCAGUGAUGGCGAGGAUUAUGUCCUUGUCACUGGCGGCCUAGGAUUCAUCGGCAGCCAUACCUGUCUGGAAUUGAUGAAAGCCGGAUACAAUGUCCUCAUUGUCGACGAUCUGAGUAACAGCUACCGUCAUGUCUUCUCCCGGAUCCUCCUGGCCGCGAAACUGCACUUUGACAGUACGGACGGCCAUUGUCCCAAGGCGACGCUGUACGAUGUCGACUACCGCGACAAGUCGGCCAUGAGGAACCUCCUCGACGCGUAUCAGCUCGACCUAUCCACAAGACAAUCGAGCAUCAUCGGAGUCAUCCACUUCGCAGCCUUCAAGCAGGUCGAAGAAAGCAUCCACAUCCCGCUCAAGUACUACCGCAACAACAUCAACGGGCUCGUCGACCUCCUCGUCCUGCUAGACCAGUACCGCAUCACCACCUUCAUCUUUUCCUCGUCUGCAAACGUCUACGGCAAACUAGCCGAGAACCGUCCAAUCCUCCACGAAGAGGAGUGCAUCCAUCAAGCUGAGCCCAACCAGUUAGGUGCGUCUCACUCCUGCGAAACGAACAUCUCCCAAAUUACAAACCCCUACGGCCGCACCAAACUCUUCGGUGAAGCCGUCCUCGCCGACGUGGCCCGUGCAAAUCCCGCAUGGACCAUCGUCGCCCUGCGAUACUUCAACCCAAUCGGCUGCGAUGCCUCCGGCCUACUAGGCGAAGACCCAAAGAUCAAUCCUUCGAACCUCGUCCCGGCCGUCGUGGACAUCCUGACCGGCAAGCGGGACGAGCUCCACAUCUACGGAAAUGACUGGGAUACGCCUGACGGCACCCCGAUCCGGGAUUUCAUCCACGUCACAGACGUGGCGAGGGGCCAUACGGCUGCGUUGGCUGCGGCGCGGGAGGGUCGUGUUCGGGACGGAUUUCGCACGUUUAAUCUCGGGACAGGGCGUGGGCAUUCGGUGUUGGAGCUGGUGCAGACGCUGGAAAAAGUGUCCGGGCGGAUGAUUCCGAGACGGGUGGUGGGGAGGAGAGCGGGGGAUGUUGGGUCGUGUGUUGCCAGUGCGGAGCGGGCGGCGGUGGAGUUGGGAUGGACGACGCAGAAAUCAUUGAGGGAUGCUUGUGAGGAUUUGUGGAGUUAUCUACAGCAGUAA